GUGCCAGUCUUUUUUCUGGGAGUGUCGAACAAAAGUGAACAAGAAAAGAACCUGAAAGUUGUACAUUGGAACAUAUAUAUCACCCACACCACAGAACUAAUUAUGUUCUAGCAUCAUUUACCCGCUCUGUUAGGGUUGUUAAAGAAAUUAAGCUAGUUAAUACAACAACUUCUUCACUAAAAACUCGCACUUAUUAGCUGCAAAAAUGUCGGAUGGUGAUGCUGAUAGAGUUCCUGUUCCUCCAGUUAGGCAUGCUUCCCAGAAAGGGCCAAGUGAUUUUUCUCAAGGAGCUAGCAAACCUUUACCUAUAGCUCCUAAUCAAGAAGAAAAGAAAAAGAAAGGAUUUAACAAAAUAUUUACUUCACAAGCGAAAAAGAAGCCUGAAAUUUCAUUACCUACUCAGUUUGAACAUACAGUACAUGUUGGUUUUGAUGCGAUAACUGGAGAGUUUACGGGAAUGCCAGAGACAUGGGCACAACUAUUACAAGCUUCUAAUAUCACUCCAUCUGAACAAAAACAAAAUCCUCAAGCUGUUAUAGAUGUUUUAAAAUUUUAUGAUUCCAAAAAUAAAGAAGAUGAGAAGAAGUAUAUGGACUUUGUAGGAACUGAAGCUACUGAAGAUACUGCACCAAAAGAACGUAAACCAACGCAACCUGCUCAGCCUACUGACCAAGUUCGCCAGGAUGCCCCUCCUGCUUUGCCUGCAAGACCAGAACAUACAAAAUCAAGGUUUAUAACAGCUGAGCAACUGGCUGGCUCAGGUGUGAAAGCUGCUCCACCAGAAAAGACAGAAUCCGAAUCUACAAAGACAUCACAACCUGUAAAGCGUAGAAAAAUGACAGACGAAGAAAUUAUGGCCAAACUUAGAACCAUCGUCACUGUUGGAGAUCCCAAAAAGAAGUACACAAAAUUCGAAAAAAUUGGUCAGGGGGCAUCUGGAGUGGUAUAUACAGCUAUUGAAGUUGCUACGGGGAAUGAGGUUGCUAUUAAACAAAUGAAUUUAUCACAACAACCGAAGAAAGAACUUAUCAUAAAUGAAAUCCUCGUCAUGAGAGAAAACAAACAUCCAAAUAUUGUAAAUUAUGUGGACAGUUACUUAGUAGGUGAAGAACUGUGGGUGGUGAUGGAAUUUUUAGCAGGAGGUUCAUUAACAGAUGUUGUUACUGAAACGUGUAUGGACGAGGGACAAAUAGCUUCUGUGUCGAGAGAGUGUCUACAAGCGUUAGACUUCUUACAUGGAAAUGGCGUCAUUCAUCGUGACAUUAAAAGUGAUAACAUUUUACUUGGUCUUGACGGGAGUGUGAAGCUAACCGAUUUUGGUUUCUGUGCCACGAUUACUAUGGAGCAGCAAAAACGUUCAACCAUGGUUGGUACUCCAUACUGGAUGGCACCUGAAGUUGUAACGCGUAAACAAUACGGUCCAAAAGUUGAUCUAUGGAGUUUAGGUAUUAUGGCUAUUGAAAUGAUUGAAGGUGAACCACCAUAUUUAAAUGAAAAUCCUCUGAGGGCUUUAUAUCUCAUUGCGACAAACGGAACUCCCGAGUUACAACAUCCGGAAAGGCUUUCUCCUAUUUUCCGUGAUUUCUUAAACAAGACGUUAGAAAUGGAUGUUGAUAAAAGGCCGUCUGCUAGGGAACUUUUAAUGCAUCCGUUCUUGCGUCAAGCCAAACCUCUUGCAAGUUUACAACCUUUAAUAAUGGCGGCGAAGGAAGCAUCUGCAAGACAUGGUUAACAGCAAUUCCAAACCUUAAAAUGAUUACCGUCGUCAUAAUUUUCUUCUAGCGAAUUUACAAUUCAGUCAGCGUACUUAUUUAGAAAUCACACAUGCGCUGAAUUAAAUUCGAUGUAAAAAAUCAGAAAAAAUAAAUUUGAAAAAAACGGGUAAAUCCUCGUGACUUUUCAACGUACUAUCAGAUUCUGCGCUAUUUAAAGAAUAACAAAAAAGCGUUUACUGUGUUCAAUUUUACCCGAAUUUUGUGUAAAUAAGAUUUCUUUGUGAUGUCUAUAAUGUAUUACUAAGAUGGUAUUUUUUGAUGUGUGUGUGACCAUGCAUUUUAUUAGUCAACAUGGAAGAAAGCAUUUUGUAAUCAUCUCAUCUUGUGCAGCAUCUGGUGUUAAUUAUUCAUGCGAAAUAAAACUUUCGUGUUCUUUCUUUCAAACAAAUUUUUGUCUCAAUAAUUCGAAAUUUUCAGUGUGGUGAUAUUGAGUAAUAUUGUAUUGGUGGAGACAAAAAUAGUCUCUAUGCUAAUGUUAUAUUGUUACUCUUUUGUUGAUAUUUUGUAAAUUAGGAUUUUUUUUAAUACAAAUAAUUUUAUUUCUACUGUUCAUUUUUUGGUUAGUUUCGUUUUCUUGCUAGAAUAUAUCAUUUUUUAACAAAAAUUCGUAUAUAGUUGAUAGAAUAUACAAAAAAAACAACAACAUUUA